UUCUUGCCAAUCAUUAUUUACAUUCCAGACAUGCAUUAUGUGGUCUCCAUCAGUCUUCUUCUUACAGGUUUUAGCUCUCUCGCCCUAGGAAGGAUUGGUUCCAAGAAACCUAAUGUUCUAAUUUUACUUGCAGACGAUUUAGGUGUGAAUGACGUUGGUUGGAACAAUCCUGAGACAUCUACACCAAAUCUGGAUAGUUUAGCAGAUCAGGGUGUUAUUCUGGAUAAUCUGUACUCUCUACCGACAUGUACUCCCUCCAGAGCAGCUCUUCUAACCGCUAUCUAUCCUUUCAGAUAUGGUCUUCAGCGUGGAUUUGGUAAACAUGUCCCGGAUGGAUUACCUUUAAAUCUCACUAUACUGCCUCAGUACAUGAAGAAAGAGGGAUAUCAGACCCAUGCUCUAGGAAAAUGGCAUCUUGGUUUCUGCUCUGAAGAUUACACACCAACACAGAGAGGAUUCGACACUUUUCAUGGUUUGUUUGUUGGAGACGAUACUGAAAGUCUGGCUGAUAAUAAUAAUCUUGAAAAAGAAAUUUCGAAGGAGAAAAAGAAGAAGACAGAGAAGAAAAGAACAAGGAAGAUUAGAAAGAAUAGGAAUACUAGGAGUUUGGAAGAAGAAGAAGGAGAAGAAGAAGAAGAUAAUGAUGAAUAUUUUAACGCGGAAGAAGAAGUUGAAGAAGAAAACUUUGAUUUCGACAUUGAAAAAGAUUCUUACACUCUUUCAAGGACAUCAAGAAAAUUAAAAGAGCUUCGACCGAAAACAAAUACAGAUGACUCCAAGAUUGAUCACAUGAAGAAGAAGGAAGAAAAUAAAAAGAAGAAGGAAAUAAGAAACAAGAAGAAAGAAGAAAAAAUGAAGAAGAAAAAAACAAAAAAGAAUAAGAACAAAGACCUCUACGAUUCCUCUUACUAUGCCAAGAAAGUUGUUGAGAUAUUUGAAAACAAGGAUAAGAAUAUUCCUGUAUUUCUGUACAUGAGCUUCCUGAGUAAGAUGUAUCCAAGAACACUCAAGCUCAAGCAAAGAGGACAAAUGAUCAAGAAGAUCCAGGAGAAGAGAGGAGGAAAAAUUCAAGAACUAGAUGACGCAGUCGGAAUGAUAGUUGAAGGUCUGAAGAAGACUGAAGAGUUCGAGAAUACUAUCAUUCUGUUCAUCUCUGAUAACGGAGCUAGAGCUUUUACUUCAGAAGCACCAGAAAUAGACAACCCUAACUACCCUCUUAAGGGGUCUAAAGGGUCGGUGUACGAGGGAGGUACUAAGGUUCCCGGAUUCAUUUUUAGUCCAAAACUGGAGAGAUUCGGAUCAAGAUACUCCAAGAUGAUUCAUUUUGUUGAUAUUCUUCCCACAAUACUUUCAGCUGUAGGAACAAACACUAGGUCUUUGCCAAUUGACGGGGUGGACCACUGGUCCGCCCUUGAGCAAGGGGUCCAGAAUGGGUCGGGUCCAAGGAAUACAAUGAUUUACAAUCUUGAUGAUAACUUUGUACAAUCUGUUCUUAGAAGCUCAACCUUUCAACCAAAAUUUCAGAUUGGAAUAAGAGAAGGUGAUUACAAGCUGAUUUGGGGCCAAUCAAAAUCUCUUCACAGAUCAUACAGAGAUGCCAAGGAUGAGAAUGGAAUAAACCUGGAUGCUCAGAUUGUUGAACUAUACAACCUGGAGCAGGACGCAGGAGAGCAGGAGAACCUUGCCCCGUCUCAACCUGAGAUAGUUAGAAGAUUACAAAUCCUGGCACUCCAGUAUACAGAUUAUAUCAUUCCGCCCAGGUUUAUGGGACUACAGACAACUGAUAGGGUUGUAGAUCCCACUUUAGUAAGUGGAGGAAUAACUGGGUGGUGUAAAGGAGUUGAAAGAACUGAAUGUCAACCUUCUUCUACGAGAUCCUUUUAUCAACUUUCUUCCAGCACAAUGGUGGAAGUCUAUUAUGGGUCACUUCGAAAUCAAUCCUUAUCAUGCACAACGUACCUCCACUAGGAGCAUCAUUUAAAGUCACGUCAGUUUUAGAGGAUAAAAGUAGAAUCUCAGAAUCCGUUACUUAUUAUUAAAUGUUAUACUCAUACAUAUUUUUAUACUUCUUGUUGUUUUAAAAUUUUAUAUAUUGAAAAUAAAUUUGUU